CCAAAUUAAGGUCUAAAGCAUUUCCCCAACAACCAUAUCAGCCCCAUUUCUUCUUAAAUAAUAAACAAACCUUAACCCCAACUUUCAACAUGCAAUUCAACCAAUUUUUUUUUUUUUUCUCUUUCAAGAAAAGGCCAGUGAAAACAUUAUGAAGACGGCAGACAUGCAUAAAAUAGAAUCUUCUAUCUAUCAAGAAGCAUAUGAUGAACUCGAGAUUCUCUGCGGUGCAAAAGUCGGUAUCAAGGUAUUCUCAGGUGAGAAGCCCUUGAUCUCAUCCAGUAACCCGAGCAAGUUGCUGAACCUGCUACAGGGACCUUUAAAAGCUAGAACCAAGUAUCGUCCCCAUAAGGACCCCCAACUGGCCAACAUAAUCCGCGAACUCAACAGGAAGCAUGAUGAGUUGCUCUGCCAGCUCGAGGACGAGGAGAAGAAAGACAAGAGGUUGGCGGAGAUGAAUGCUGGUGGGACUGGCUGGUGGACUAAACCGUUGAAGGAGCUAAGCUUGGAGGAGCUGAAGCAGAUAGAAGGUGUGGCAGAUAAUAUGUCUCCGGCUCCGGAUGAAAUGUCCCAAUCGUCUGCACCAGCUCCGAGAGUUAGAGAUUUUGAAAACGCUGCUGAAACAAGUACCAGCUCAACCGUUAGUAAUGGCAACGGUAAUUAAGGUCAGGCAUCAUGUUUAAUAUGGCUGUUUUUCAAAAAAAAAAAAGAGGAAAACAAAAAAUGAAAAUGGGGUUAAAUUUUCAAUGAAUGCUUAGCCCCCUUUCAGUUUAGGGUGGUUACUGUGUGGCCAAAAAAUAUAAAUCAUCAUCAUCUAUGUUCAAUUUCCAAAUAAUUUAAUAAAAUUUUUUUUUUAAU